AUCCGGUCAAUUUACAUACUAAGCUCCGCCCGCCGUGGCGAGCAUGUCCGUGCAUCCACCCGGGAUCAUCCGCGGAAAAGGAAGAAUAUCAGCGGCUGUCAGAAAAGUUUUCCUGCGGGAAGAGGCUCGUGUUCGCUCGGGCUGAAGGAUCGCCGGGGGAUCGCGCUCUCAGGAUUAAUAAUCGCCACAAUAAACUGAGCUAUUUCUGUCAUGGACGCGCUAAAAUCAGCCGGACGCGCGAUCAUUCGCAGUCCCAGUCUGGCGAAACAGUCCUGGAUCUCUGGAAAGCAUAAAAAGCUGCCGGAGAACUGGACGGACACACGGGAGACGCUAUUGGAGGGGAUGGUGUUUCAGCUGAAGUAUCUGGGCAUGACGCUGGUGGAGGAACCCAAAGGAGAAGAGCUUUCAGCCGCUGCCGUCAAGAGAAUCGUCGCUACUGCUAAAGCCGGUGGGAAGAAGCUUCAGAAGGUGACGCUGAAGGUUUCUCCCCGAGGGAUCAUUCUCUACGACAGCGCUUCAAACCAGCUGAUAGAGAACGUGUCCAUAUACAGGAUAUCGUACUGCACAGCUGAUAAGAUGCAUGAUAAAGUGUUUGCCUACAUCGCUCAGAGUCAACGCAACGAGACGCUGGAAUGUCACGCGUAUCUCUGCACCAAGAGGAAAGUGGCUCAGGCGGUGACGCUGACGGUGGCUCAGGCCUUUCGUGUUGCUUUUGAGUUUUGGCAGACUGCUAAAGAAGAGAAAGAGAAGCAGGUGAAAUGUGGCUCAGAUGGAGAGGCAGCCAGCAGCUCUCAGUCCGAGAGUUCAGCCAGUCUGAGCAGCAUGAAAGGAGAGGUGGCCACUGGGGAUCUACUGGACCUUGAAUGUGGUGUUAAAGAUCGCUCAGGGAAAGACGCCGCACACCCUGUACAGAACCACAGCACAGAGAACAACAACACUGUAUGGGAACUUGAGGAUGGUCUAGAUGAGGCUUUCUCAAGCCGCAGUCUGGACAGUUUUGAGUCCAACACAGGCUCGCUGAGUCUCGCACUAACCCCCAGGUGCUGGACAUUGGGGUAAACCCUCAGGACUACAACCCUGAAGACUGCUUGUCUCCGACUCACUGGGACAAAGCCGACAGUGAAGCGGCGGAUGCAGAGGAUGCGUUUGGAUUCUGAUGAUGAGCGGCUGGUGUGAGCUAGAGCUGGUGAAGCAACACACAAAGGGAAUGAAUGAAGCGGCGCUGCUCGACUCUCACUCACCUGCGCCCUCUGGUGGCCAGAGCUGAACCUGCGGUCUGCAAACCCAACCUAAUGACUUCAAAAAAGCACAGACCAAAGCAAUACAGUAGAAAGUAUUUCCCCUUCAAUUUCCUUUUAAGUACAUUUAUAUUUUAUUGCCAAUUAGUUACUUUGUGUUUUAUUUUGUAUGUAUGUGACUGUAAAAUGUACAGUGUCCUCCACUAACAUUGGCCUACCGUGUAAAUAGCAGCAAAGAAGACAAAAAAAAAAGAGUCUUUAAUGUUUAGCGUUAGCGAUAACCAGAAUUUGCUGCAGACUUAUCAGUAUGAUAAUGUAUUUCCAACUGAAAUUGAAGAUUGAGUAGGAGAUGAGGUUUCAGAGGUGACGUGGCUAAGAAUAAGGGUGCUUUCACACCUGUCAGUUGUUCCGAAACAGAGAUUAAAAUUGUUACAUUGUUGCUCUUUGCUCUUGGUGCGGUUCGCUUUCACACGGCAAAGUUUUUAAAUGGACCAAAAGAGCUAAAACAAGUCACGGGAGAGUAAACUCUCCUCAGAGUUUCACGAUUUAUUUUGCAGAGUCCUGUCGGGGGGUGGUUGUUUGGUGGUGUUUGACAGGGUGCGCGCGACGUGUCUGAAGAGCGAGGAUGGAUGCAGUGGGGAGGGGUGAGAAAGGUGCGCAACGUAUUUGAGGACCGGGAGGUAGACGCGUGAUUUCCGUGAGAUUAUGACUCGUUUGUGGGCAUCCGGGAGUCUCUGUGCAUUUGCGGGAGACUCACAAAACAUCCAGGAGACUUGGAAUGUCUGGAAUGACCUCCUGCCCUACUCAUAAUUCUCUCUUCUUAAAGUCGUAUGCCUAUUACAUAUCUAUAAAACACUGUGAUAUAGCCAGGCUGUCAUAAAGGGCACCUAGUUAACCCUUUUUUAAGAUUUAAUAUUAAUAUUAUGGUUCUUCUGAGUGUGCCUGUUUAGGUUGAGUUCAAAACAGAACUCAGAUUUUUUAUUAUAAUGUGUUCAUUAUAUAAGUGUGUUGGGGGCGUGUACACAGGUCGUUGUUUUAAGGGUGUGUUGCUUCACAUGAAAAUUAAAUUCGACUUCCUGCCCAACUUAACAAGGGGGCGGAGCUUAGAGCUUCCUUGCUUUAUGUAUGGCAACAGACAGGCAGACAGAGAGAAGCAACAUGAGUGAGAGGAUCCGCAUUUAGCUGUACAUGUACGACUUGGACACAGACCAAGCAGGGACUACUGUUGAGGAAUCAAUAAGCAGAAUGUGUCAGAUUGUGUCAGAGUGGUAGUUACAAAAUCAUUUGUGUUUUUGUAGAGUUUUACAGCCGCUAUGUUACGAUGCAUGCGUCAUCCGUAAAGUGGUGCAAUGAUUAACUGGUUUCACUAUAAAUCGCGCUUUAAUUCGUUAUGGUUAAUUAAUCAUAAAGGCUUCUCAACAAAUCAAAAACAGAUCAAAACUGCGCCAACAAAACAAAGUUAUGCCAACUGUGUGCUAGUUUAAAGUUCCGAGCUUGUACACGGAGACAAAUAACCACACACACUGGAUUAACUUUGACUGAGGCUAUAACUAAGGCCAGUUAAUUAUUUUCAAUAGAGGGACGCGCACGCGAGGCAACGUGCUCACACUUUACAGCCGCACUUAGUUAAGAUGACAGGGAGCGUCUGUGACUGUGGGAAAUGCUGAAGUUUAAGGAAGACCCAAUGAAAAGUACAAAUGUUUGCAAACCCACCUAAAGUUACAAACAAAGGCACAGAUGAGAGCGAUCAUGUGGUGAACGUUGAUCCGCCAGCUGAGAUCAAUCGAGUGUUUUCAAAGAGAGUGCUGAAAGACUCGGUGGAUCAGCUGUUUUCAAUGGCCUGAAUCUCAAUACGUUGCAUUCAGUGCGUGUUCAGCACAAAAUGGCCGCUAAAUGUAAAAUCUCUGUUGCUCAUUCGCAGGAAGACGAUGAAAGCUCUUGUGUUGAGCCCAAUGAGCCUUACAUCCAAAAAUAGAGCAAAGGUGUUCCUUUAGUGACAUUGCUUUGACUCACACUGAAAAUAGCAGACGUCAAUGGUAAUGCGCGCCUAUCAGUCAAUAUUGGUUGGUGGGGGACCCGCACUCCUACAUCAAGUUGCGGUCAGUCUCAAAAUCGCUCCAAUUGGUCCACCGUUUUUAUGCUUUUAAAUUAAAAAAAAGGACUGGGUGUGUUUAUACGGUUAGACGGUGUAUACACUAUACCUACACAUAUGUCUGUCCAAACAGCUUGAAAAAUAGAUUUUUUACCAUAGGUGCCCUUUAAAGUGGCCAUGAAAUGGAAGUUAUGACCAUCCUAUUUACCCAUAUUGUGAUGUACAUCCACUAGAAACAGUCCUGAAAUGAGAAAGAAAAAACAUUAGAGAAGAGCAUGACUUUAUUCUUUGGAAGCUGAUUUGAUUGUUGAAAGAAGGGCAUUGCCAACAAAAUUAAGGAAGACUGACGAAUGGACAGACUCAGAGCAGGAACGAGACACACCCUGAUAGCCCCUCCCUAAAGAACUGCUGGGCCUGGUAGCCCUGCCCUAAAUGACUGAUAGCCACACCCUAAAUGACUGAUAACCCUGCUGGGCCUGGUAGCCCUGCCCUAAAUUAUGGAAAGCUCCGCCCUAGGGGCCUGAUAGCUCCUCCCUAAAUGACUGAUAGCAACACCCUAAAUUACUAAUUGCUAGGCGACCAACAACCGUUUUCUCAGAGGAUGACAAGCUGACAAAACAUUGCUCUUUCAUACAAGCUGAAGCUGAUCGGUCCAUUCUUGUUACAUGACCCGUGGUGCACUCAUGGGAUUUAUUCAACUGUGUGCACCUGGAAGGCACGAACACAUCACACCGCUCGUGCGCGCACCUUCAUUGGAAAAAAAAAACUUGUGCAAACUUUAGAAAAGAGGCGAAUGGCCUCUAAAAGGCCGCU